ACUGUUUUUAUUCUCACCUGUUUUAGUCAGGAUUCAAACCAGAUUUGUACACCUGAGGUUGGUAGUUAGACACUGAUGAAGCACCGUCGGGGUCAUUGGAGCAGUAGAGGUCACGAUGAGCUGGCUGUGGAAUAAAACUGAGAGAAGAGGGUGUUAAAGCAGCAGAACAGAGACAGGAGGAGCAGGAGGAGUGAAAGUGUGUCACCUCUCCCCACUCACGGUGGAGAGUAAGGUGUGGUGAACCGAGGACUCUUAAAACUCAACCAGAGCACAGGGGGCCAGAGGGCUUUUUUUCUCAGCCCAUAGGAGACCUGAGGAUUCCUCUCUCCACUUGGCUUCGGCUCUUACUGUCUCUAGUCCAAGGAUCCUGUGAGCGUGCACGACCCUGGAGCCUCUUUUCCCUCGAUUAUGGCCUCCUGCGGGACCCUACCUGGCUCCCACACAGUGUCCCCUGCUGCAGAGCGGCUGCGCCACAUACUGGGGGAGGAUGACGGCACCCCAACUCCCACGAUAUUCACUGAGAUGGACACACUACAGCACGAGGGGGGUGAACUGGAGUGGAAAGAGUCUGCGAGGUGGGUGAAGUUUGAGGAGAAGGUGGAGGACGGAGGAGAAAGAUGGAGCAAGCCUCAUGUCUCCACAUUGACCCUCCACAGCCUGCUUGAGCUCAGGAACUGUCUGCAGACAGGAAGCAUUCUACUCGACCUGGAGGGCUACUCGCUGCCACAGAUUGUGGAUGAGAUUGUAGGUCAUCAGGUAGCAGACGGUCUCCUCCCUCCGGAUCUGAAGGAGCAGAUCAGCUUUGUGUUGCUCAGGAAGCACCGUCACCAGACCAAGAAGCCAAUCCACCGCUCGCUGGCAGACAUUGGAAAGUCGUCUAACACCGCUUCCAAUCGUGCUCAGAGCCGAAGCAUGUCUGAUAUUUCAGACACACCAAGUCCAGACCAGCUGAAAAAUAAGUUCAUGAAGAAGAUUCCUCGUGAUGCUGAAGCGUCUAACGUCCUGAUCGGUGAGGUGGAUUUUCUGGACAAACCCUUUGUCUCCUUUGUACGUUUGGCUCAGGCAACGACGCUGAGAGGCCUCACUGAGGUUCCUGUGCCGACCCGGUUUCUUUUCAUCUUGCUGGGUCCUCAUGGCAAAACCAAGUCCUACAAUGAGACUGGCAGAGCUGUCGCUACACUCAUGGUGGAUGAUCUGUUCAGUGAUGUUGCCUACAAAGCAAGAGACCGAGAAGACCUGAUCGCAGGUCUUGAUGAGUUUCUGAACGAGGCAAUCGUCCUCCCACCAGGAGAGUGGGACCCAAAAAUACGCAUCGAACCUCCCAAGAAGGUUCCAUCGGCAGAAAUGAGGAAGUCUGUGCUGAACCUGAGCGAGCUGGGUCAGAUGAAUGGCUCUGCUAGCAAGGCGGCUGGAGGAGAAGAUGAAGAGCUUCCAACUCCGCAUGAGCUCGGAGAGGAGCUGAAGUUCACUGGGAGGAUUGGUGGUGGAUUAUGGCUGGACAUAAAAAGGAAGAUCCCAUGGUACUGUAGUGAUAUCUACGAUGGCUUCCAUAUCCAGUCGAUCUCUGCCGUCCUCUUCAUCUACCUGGGCUGCAUCACCAAUGCCAUCACUUUUGGAGGCCUGCUGGGGGAUGCUACUGAUAAUUAUCAGGGUGUGAUGGAGAGUUUCCUUGGCACAGCUUUAGCAGGAACUGUCUUUUGCAUGUUUGGUGGACAACCUCUCAUCAUCCUCAGUUCUACUGGACCAAUUCUCAUCUUUGAAAAACUGCUUUACGAAUUCAGCAAGAGCAACGAUGUAGACUACAUGGAGUUCCGUCUGUGGAUUGGCCUUCACUCCUGCCUACAGUGUUUUGUGUUGGUGCUCUCAGACGCCAGCUUCAUCAUCAAGUACAUGACCCGCUUCACAGAGGAGGGUUUCUCCAGCCUCAUCUCUUUUAUAUUCAUCUCUGAUGCCAUUAAGAAGAUGGUAGGAACCUUUCAGUAUUACCCAAUUAACUAUGGCUUCAAGCCCGACUACAUAACAGCCUACAGGUGUGAAUGCAUCGCUCCAGUCCAGGAAUCUGCACUGAAUGUUUCAGCUCCACUUGCAGAAGAUAACAUGACUCUGCCGUUUAACCUAACAGACCUUGACUGGAGUCGCCUGAGAAAGAAUGAGUGUGUGAAGUAUGGCGGCACGUUGGUGGGGAACUCCUGUAAGUAUGUCCCCGACCUGGCCCUCAUGUCCUUCAUCCUCUUCUGUGGCACCUACUCCAUGACCGUUUCUUUCAAGAAGUUCAAGUUCAGCCGCUACUUCCCGACAAAGCUCCGUGCUCUCAUCAGUGAUUUUGCGAUCAUCAUUACUAUCCUGGUCUUCUGUGGCUUAGACUACCUGCUGGACCUGGACACCCCCAAACUGCACGUGCCCACUGAGAUCAAGCCGACGCGUCCUGACCGCGGCUGGUUGGUGAUGCCAUUUGGUAAGAACCCCUGGUGGUGGUGUCUGGCCAGCUUUGUUCCCGCUCUCCUCGUCACCAUCCUCAUCUUCAUGGAUCAGCAGAUCAGCGCAGUCAUCAUCAACCGCAAAGAAAACAAACUGAAGAAAGGCAGUGGCUACCACCUGGACCUCUUCUGGGUGGGUGUGCUGAUGGCUGUGUGCUCCUUCAUGGGUCUUCCCUGGUACGUAGCAGCGACUGUCAUCUCCAUCGCACACAUCGACUCUCUGAAGAUGGAGAGUGAAACCAGCGCCCCCGGGGAGCAGCCGCAGUUCCUGGGAGUAAGGGAGCAGAGGCUGACGGGCACUCUGGUGUUUGUCCUGACUGGACUCUCAGUCUUCCUGGCUCCUGUCCUCCAGUACAUCCCCAUGCCAGUCCUGUAUGGCGUGUUCCUCUACAUGGGAGUGGCCUCGCUCAGCGGCAUCCAGUUCUGGGAGCGGAUCAAGCUGUAUCUGAUGCCGCCCAAACACCAGCCAGACUUCUCCUUCCUGCGUCACGUUCCUCUGAGACGCGUCCACCUCUUCACCUUCAUCCAGAUCAUCUGUCUGGCUGUCCUCUGGAUCCUCAAGUCCACGUUCCUGGCCAUCAUCUUCCCAGUCAUGAUUCUGGGUCUGAUGGUCGUACGGAAGCUGCUGGAUCUGAUAUUCUCACAACACGACCUGGCCUGGCUGGACGACAUCCUGCCAGACAAAGACAAGAAGAAGGACGAUGAGAAGAAGAAAGAGAAGAAGGUGGCGGAGCCAGAGCACGACGAGGAGCCUAACAGCUCAGCCACCCCUCCG